GCGGGGUUAUUCUAGAAUUAACACCGCCUCUUUCAGAGCGCGGCCGGCACCUGCUGCUGCUGCUGCUGCUGUUGGCGAGGCAGAGGCUCCACUCGCACCACCGCUGCGAAAGCAGAAAAGGACAUCUCGGGUACCGUAAUUCCCGCUCGAUUUGGCGAGCGCGCAAGAAGAAAAAAAGUUCGCUGGCAGGUUGAAGGGCAAAUGGGCUGAUGUCUCCUCUAUUCAGCAGCAGAGCUAUAAACUGAACUGGGAGUUCCUAAAAUGCAAAACAUAUAAGUGGUUUGGCUGGAUUAAAGCUGACAUUAAGAACAAACGCGUAAAUGGAAGACCUAGAAACACGCAAAGCACGCAGGAUAGAGCGGAUGGUAGCAAAAUGGCUACGUCGAUCACGGAUUAAUUUAGGCAGAGGGAGAACAUCACUGUCAGAUGGCAGUAAGCAACCUGCAAGUCAUGUCAAACUCACAGUGGAAGUUCAAAAAGAUGUUCUACUUGGACAUUAUGGCAUUGAAGUUUCUCAUAAUUUCCCCCUAUUUAUCACAUCAGUUGCUGCAGGCAGCACUGCUGAUGGGAAGCUUUUGCCAGGGGAUCACAUCUUUGCAAUAAACAACAACGCAGCAGAAGAGCUCACUGGUGUACAAGCAGCUGCUCUUUUAAGGGAAUCGCAAGGCACUCUCCAGUUUACAGUUCUGCGAUGCAUCUCGGGUGGCCCUAAAUCAUCCUUUCUUACAGCGGAAAAAAGAGCCAGGCUAAAAACAAAUCCUGUUAAAGUCCAUUUUGCCGAAGAAGUUGCUGUGAAUGGACAUAAUCAGGGAAGUUCUCUUCUGUGUAUGCCCAAUGUUCUCAAAGUCUAUUUAGAAAAUGGGCAGACUAAAGCUUUCAAGUUUGAAGCAAACACAACAGUCAAGGAUAUUAUACUCACUUUGAAAGAAAAGCUGUCCAUUCAAAGCAUUGAACAUUUUGCCUUGGUUUUGGAAGAACAGCAUAAUAUAUUGAAGAUGGGUCUCCUGCAUGAUGAUGAGCUCAUUGAACGGGUGGUUCAGAGGAAUGAAUCUCAUGCUUAUCGAUGCCUCUUCAGAGUCUGCUUUAUACCCAAGGAUCCAUUACAUCUCUUGCAGCAAGAUCCAGUGGCUUUUGAGUAUCUCUAUUUGCAGAGCUGUAGUGACGUGCUUCAAGAAAGGUUUGCUGUUGAGAUGAAGUGCAGUGUUGCGUUACGGCUGGCCGCCUUGCAUAUGCAAGAACGGAUGAUCACCUGCGCUCAGCCACAGAAAGUCUCACUAAAGUAUAUUAAGAAGGAUUGGGGAAUAGAAAACUUUAUUUCCCCAACUCUACUCCGAAACAUGAGAGGCAAAGACAUCAAAAAAGCUAUCAGUGUCCACAUGAAGAGGAAUCAUCUUUUGCUGGACCCAAGGCAAAAGAAUCUCCUUUCCGCAGCUCAAGUGCAAUUGUGUUAUCUGCAGAUUCUUGGAGACUUAAAACUCUAUGGAGGAAAAAUCUUUAAUGCCACGCUCAUGCUACAGGACAGAGAGACAUGCAUUGUCUUGCUGGUGGGAGCCAAAUACGGAAUCAGUCACGUGCUUAAUACCAAACUCAGCUCCGUAAACGUGCUGGCAGAAUUUGCCAGCAUAAGCAGACUGGAGCUCAUCAAAGAAUCCGACAAAGUAAGCAUGGUGAAGAUCUACCUCCAAGAUAUAAAGGUACUCACUUUGCUGCUGGAGUCCAACUGUGCCAAAGAUCUGGCUUGUCUCAUCAGUGGUUACUACAGAAUGUUUGUAGAUUCAAGCAGCUCCAUAUUCAUCUGGGAGGAGAGAAAACCUCGAAUGCACCGGAUCUCUGCUGAGGAAGGAUAUGAAUCUAGAACCUGCAGUGACUCUGAAGAAUCUUCUGAGCCAGAUUCCUCCUUGGACCGUUUCUCAGACACACAUUCACCUAGGUACAGCAGUAUUAGCCCCCCAAUUGAGGAGAAAGGAGAGGAGCAAGAGCUGGAGCAAGAAAAGAAGACCCCAGAGGCCAAAGAAAUGAGCUUUUGCAAUGGUUACAACAUAAACGAUAGCCUUUCGGAAGCGUCUGACUCAGCCAACACAGAAAGCAGGGGGCUGAAGUCCAGUGGCUCAAGUGACUCUCUGGAUGCCUUGGAAGAAGAUGACUUAGAAGCAUGCUCAGCAAGCAGGCCAGAGAUUUUUCAGUUUUGUAACUCUGCUCUUCAGAAAUUGGCAUAUAAUGACAAGAUGCUUUUUGGUGCUGAUGGAGACGAGGAAAGCAGAACAUCACAAGAAAGUUUUUUUCCUUUCCUCCUGCCACCCCUGUUAUCCAGUCCGGGUCUUCCACAGCCAGAAGAGGAAUCCAGAAAAGAAAUCGGUGUGAGUAUUCUAGAGUCCAAGCUGGCCAAAAGCAACGUCAUGGAGUACUACAGCCUCUGUGCCAAUCUCUCCCCAGCCAGCAGUGGAGGGAAGAAUACACAGAGUUGCAGCCCUGAAAGCUGCUCUUUGCAGGAGCCUGAAGACCAUGAAAAAAUCAGUGAGGGCCAGACUCCUGUCUUUGUCUUGACAUCUCCCUCUGGCUUUGAAAAGACUAAUUCAGAUGAUAACUUCUGUUGUGCAACUGAAAGGAUGACCCCAACAGAGCCACAACCAGGUUCUGAAAUUCUACCCCUACCUCGUUCCCCAGGGUUGCCAUCCUGUAGCAGCUUGGAUGAAAACAUCCUGUCAAAGCAAAGCAGAAGGAUGAAACCCAGGCCAGAAAAAGCACCAACGUGUGCCAAUAAUUUGAGGAAAAGAAGGUCCUUUCUCGAGACAAAUUAUACUUCCCAAGUUAGUUUCCCCAAAGCUUUACCUUAUGCCUCGGAAACCGAUGUUUGUUACAAUAGAGAUGCUACCGUUUCAGGAGCAUCUGCAGCUGAGAGUUUACUGAAGGAACCCCAGCAAAUUUCCAGUCUUCUUGAAGCCACACAGAAAAUCCAGGUGGUCCAAAAUUCAACCUCAUCAUCUGACGCAACAGAAAUGGGGCAGAAUUCAUCAGGACCCAAUGCAGUUUUGUGCCUGGCCUCUGCUCAGGCAAGUGGAGGAAGUUUAGACUUGAGCAAUUACUCUUUAAAUUCUUUUUCUAUGCCCCCCCAUCAGAGUCACCAUUUAAGUACACCAGGAAUUGCUUUUCACCAGGAAGAUCUUGAUCCCACUUGCAAAGGCAAAGCAGAAAAGCUUACAGAAAUAGCUAGAGGGGUUCAGGGACAUUGUGAAGUAAAGGCAGACUGUUCCGUAAAGCAAGCACUUGAUAAAAAACCGAGUACAAUCAAAGCUAUGCCUCCAGCAGGAGUCAGUUAUGUUUUGAUUGAGGAAAUAAUACACACUACCACCAAACCUUCAGUGUCUCAGAACAGCAUCCAAGACAAACCUUUGUCUUUUGCCCCAGAGAAAGAUGAGAAACAGGAACAAGUUGUGUUAGAUCCUUGCAAGAGAGAUUCUGUCUUGUGUGAAUCCAGCCAGGCCCUCGGAGACUUAAAGCUUGAAGAAGGUAUCAGCCAAUUGUCAAAUAAGGGAGAUGAGAAACAUCUGGGGGUUUCAAAUGUAACUGAACUAUUUUUCAACUGCAGUGAUACAUCAGGCCAAAUAUGCUGGCCAAAUUUCAGUUCAGCAGCAGAAAAUGCACAAAUCUGUCAGCAAGCAGAUAAGGAGUGCCAGGGAAUCACUAGCCAAAAUGGCCUGGGUGUUAAUAAUUUAUCUUUAAAAGAUGGGGUGAUAAAUCAAGUCCCAGCCCACUUAUCAGCCAUGAAUAUGUCUCAUAAUCUGUGCCCAUCUACAGAUGUUGCUGGUGACUAUAAAACAGAGGGGAAAAACCUCAUGGGAGAUGCUCUCAUUACAGAUUAUAAAAAUAAGAGAUACAGUUUGCUAAUGGCUUCCUCAGAGAACACAGAACAGAGUGAAACUAAUAAUUCAGCUGGACAGAGUUACCCUUCCUUUGACAGACCCAGUGAGGGAAACUGUACUUCAGAUCUAUCCUUUCUGUCCUCUGACAAGGCAACUGAGGGUGCAGUGGCAUUCAGUGAUACAGGUCCACCAGGUUUAGUGAAUUCUGAGGAAACAUCUACACCUCAAUAUAAACCAGAGAGAUGCAGCUGCCAGUUGUCUUAUGCCAGUUGUUUCCAUGGGGUAGAAAAUGAAGCAGAAUUGGACUGCACCAAACCCUUUGCAAGUAGCAUUUCUGAAGGACCCUUAACAACUCCACCUUCAACAAGACACCCACUGCCUUCAGAUUUUAAUCCUACCAGGCGCCUUCAAGAACAUACUUAUACGAAUGGGGCCCCCAGAGAUUCUCAGAAUCACAGAUACCUUCCAGAAUUACCUAUCAAAACACUGAGCUAUAUGAAAGAAAAAUGGUCUGUCUCGCCAUUCGACUUCUGCCAUUUGUUAGGGGAUGUGGUAGAGCUACAGGAAGUUCUAAAGUGGCCUUCGGGAAACCAAAGAAAACAUCCAGAGGAUCAAUGUGCUGCCCUUUUUUCAGAAAACAAGAACGCCUUGUAUGCGGAAUCACAGAGAUUGCUGUCUAAUUGCCAGAAGAUUAUCAAAGCACCAGGGCCUUCUCCAGAGACACAAAUGAUAGUUCAAAAGACCUUCCAAAACCUUCUUCAGUUGACAGAAGUAUGCCUACAGUUCACAGACUGUGGCCUUUGCAGUAAUGGGCACAUAGACCUUAAAACCAACCUGGGGGAUGUUUUGUGUAGCUAUCAACAGUUUUUGGAGGCAUGUAGGCAAACUCAUGAGAAGGAUUACUCCAGCCUAAGCCUAAAACUAUGUGUCUGCCAACAUACGGCCCUCACUGCUUCCCUUUUCUGCCUUGUACAGCAGUUCAUAGCUUCAUCCUGCACAUGAGAUGGAUUUGCUGUCUCUUCCUGCUUCUCCUUUCUUUGCACUAACAGUACAACUCUUGUUGAAUUCAUUAUAAAGAGAGAAUUAGCUAUUUUGAAAACUUGCGUAUUUUUGUGACCUUCUGACUUGGCUUGAUAAAUGUAUAACCCUGGGAGAUUCUAAUAAAAACGGGAUGUGUAAAAGAA